CGCUGGACUCAUCCGGGCCCUGGGCCCAGGACAGCCAACUCUGUGACAGGUUCCGUUUUGUGCUGGACACACUUCACUUCUCUGCAGCCUGCCUUUGUCCCCUCCCUCCACAGAACGGCCGGCGGCAGUGUCCCCAGGUCAUCUCUCCUGCUUCCUCGCUCUGCCCGCGGGUCUGAGCCGUCCGAGCUACGUCUGCACUGCCCGCAUUGCGAGAGCAGCUCUGGGACUUGUGGCCGUGGGGCUGCCGCCUGCCCGCCUGCCCCGCCGGCUGCCCGCUCAGCUCUGCUCCGCUCCUGCUGCCUUCCCCCACCCUCGGCCAUGUGUCCUCCUCAGCCUGUGGAAUGUGAGUGGCCCAGGGCCGGCCCCCAGAGCGCCUGGCCCGCCCGGCACGGAGCUCGCUGAGCCGGCUCAGCCCUGCACCCUGACCGUCCGGGGCACCGCUGCCGCCCCAGCCCGCGGCCCCACAGGCCCACCCCGUGAGCAAGCGCCGAGCCCGGGGGCCCGCGGCCCAUGCGAGCCGACAUGCGGCUCCGGGAGCUGUCCCUGCGCCAGGACCCGGACCUGAGGCAGGAGCUGGCCGCGCUGGCCCGCGGCUGUGACUUCGUGCUGCCCUCCAGGUUCAAGAAGAGGCUGAAGGCCUUCCAGCAGGUUGGGACGAAGAAGGAGGAGCCGCUGCCGCCUGCCGCCAGCCACAGCAUCCCGGCGUUCUACUUCCCCCGAGGCCGGCCGCAGGGCGCUGUGAGCACAGACGCCGUCAUCGCCAGGAUCGAGGGGACCUUCGCCCAGUUCCCGCACGAGAGGGCCACCAUGGAGGACAUGGGCCGCGUGGCCAAGGCCUGCGGCUGCCCGCUGUACUGGAAGGCACCUCUGUUCUGCGGGGCUGGGGGAGAGCGCACGGGCUCGGUGUCGGUGCACAAGUUCGUGGCCAUGUGGAGAAAGGUCCUUCAGAACUGUCACGACGAUGCAGCCAGGUUCGUCCAUCUACUCAUGAACCCCGGCUGCAACUACCUGGUACAGGAGGACUUCAUCCCCUUCCUGCAGGACGUGGUGAACACCCACCCCGGCCUGGCUUUCCUGAAGGAGGCAUCUGAGUUCCAUUCCCGCUACAUCACCACGGUCAUCCAGAGGAUAUUCUACACGGUGAACCGGUCCUGGUCUGGGAGGAUCACCUGUGCCGAGCUCCGCAGGAGCACCUUCCUGCAGAACGUGGCGCUGCUGGAGGAGGAGGCCGACAUCAAUCAGCUGACGGAGUUCUUCUCCUACGAGCACUUCUACGUCAUCUACUGCAAGUUCUGGGAGCUGGACACGGACCACGACCUCCUCAUUGACCCGCAGGACCUGGCCCGGCACAACGACCAUGCCAUCUCCACCAAGAUGAUCGACAGGAUCUUCUCAGGAGCCGUGACGCGAGGCAGGAAAGUCCAGAAGGAGGGAAAGAUCAGCUACGCCGACUUCGUCUGGUUCCUCAUCUCCGAGGAAGACAAGAAAACCCCGACCAGCAUCGAGUACUGGUUCCGCUGCAUGGACCUGGACGGGGACGGCGCGCUGUCCAUGUUCGAGCUGGAGUAUUUCUACGAGGAGCAGUGCCGCCGGCUGGACAGCAUGGCCAUCGAGGCGCUGCCCUUCGAGGACUGCCUGUGCCAGAUGCUGGACCUGGUGAAGCCCCAGAAUGAGGGGAAGAUCACGCUGCACGACCUCAAGAGGUGCAAGCUGGCCGACGUCUUCUACGACACCUUCUUCAACAUCGAGAAGUACUUGGAGCACGAGCAGAAGGAGCAGGCGUCGCUGCUGCGGGAGACUGAGAGUGAGGGGCCCGAGCUGUCGGACUGGGAGAAAUACGCCGCGGAGGAGUACGACAUCCUGGUGGCCGAGGAGGCUGCGGGCGAGCCCUGGGAGGACGGGUACGAGGCCGAGCUGAGCCCCGUGGACCAGAAGCUGAACGCGCUGCGGUCCCCACUGGCCCAGAGGCCCUUUUUCGAGGCGCCAUCCGCGCUGGGCCCCGUGGACCUGUACGAGUAUGACAGUGGGGGUGACGACCUGCAUCCUUCGUGACCCGCGACCUCCAGGGACUGUCUGUGGCAGCCAGCUGGGUGCAGCGGCUUCUAAAAAACAAGCAACUGUGUGAUGGUUGAGCUCUUUUACGGAAAAUGAAGUGCGUUUGUCUGGAAUGAUACCCUGUAUUUAUUCAGCACGGAAGCUGGUCAGAGAUGGUCGAGGGCGCAUGUCCCCACCCGUCCUGCAGAGCCUGGAAGCUGGGCCAGGCGGGCAAGGGCACCUGCGGCCCUGCUGUCCGGCCGUCCAGCCGAGGCGUUUGGAGACGUUCCGCGUCUUGGGCGCCGUCCACAUCGGAGGGGAACUGGUUUCUGCUCCGAGAGGAUCCGCCUCAGGUGAGGGACCUGCACGGCCUUCGGGGCGUCGGCGGCUGUGUUCUUGUCCGGCCGCGAGUCAGAAGCUUCCGGAGCCGGCGUGUCCACCUGCACACGUCCCGGGCCCAGGCCUGCUGCUGCCACAGCCCCACGCGGGGGGACGGCGCGACCCCAACUACCGAGCGUCUCCACCUGGAUGUACAAAGUAUGUAAAGUUAGCUUUUAUGUGCUGUGUAGGGCAGUUUUAAAAUGUUUUACGAGAUCACGUUUGUAUUUUCAAAUAAAUAAUUUAAGGAUUUUCA